CGUUUCCGCUUCUGGCCAAAGAGACCUUGGAGCUAGCCGGGGAGAUAAAGGUGCUGCUGCAUUCACAUCCGGCCCUCCCCGCGCUCAGCCUCCUCCCCAGGGGACUUUUUUCCUCUCUCUCUCUCUUUCUCUCUCUCUCUCUUCUUGGACAAGUCUGUGCUUUCCUGCCGACCUGGCCCGGAGGAGGCUUAGCUGCUGGAGAUGCGCUAAGAGACCGAGAGAGACGGGAAAGAUUCAGCCGAACCGGCUCAGCUGCAAGAGCCCCUGGGGGAAGAUGGGCUCUUCUGGAUGGAGACGGGUGCUGAGAUGCUGCUUGCUGCUGGCCUUUGCCUGGGGCCCGGUCCUCAGCCACGUGCCACAUGACCAGCAGGAGCCGCUGGAGCUGCAGGGGACCCAAGAGCCACUGGCCACGCCAGACCACUCUAAGAGAGCGGAAGAAAAUGAUGAAAAAUACAGUUCCAGGCAGGGCGAGGAGCCCCCGGCCUCCCGGUGCUACCGCUGCUGUGACCCGGGGACCCCCGUGUAUCAGGCCAUCCCCGCACCCCAGAUCAACAUCACAAUCCUGAAAGGAGAGAAGGGCGACCGGGGAGAUAGAGGACUCCAAGGGAAGUAUGGCAAGACUGGCUCUGCGGGCGCCAGGGGCCAUGCGGGCCCCAAGGGGCAGAAGGGCUCGAUGGGGUCUCCCGGUGACCGGUGCAAGAACCACUACGCGGCCUUCUCGGUGGGCCGGAAGAAGCCACUGCACAGCAACGACUACUACCAGACGGUGGUCUUCGACACGGAGUUCGUGAACCUCUACAGCCAUUUCAACAUGUUCACCGGCAAGUUCUACUGCUACGUGCCUGGCAUCUACUUCUUCAGCCUCAACGUGCACACGUGGAACCAGAAAGAGACGUAUCUGCACAUCAUGAGGAACGCGGAGGAGAUGGUGAUCCUGUACGCGCAGGUGAGCGACCGCAGCAUCAUGCAGAGCCAGAGCCUGAUGCUGGAGCUGCGGGAGCAGGACGAGGUGUGGGUGCGCCUCUUCAAGGGCGAGCGCGACAACGCCAUCUUCAGCGACGAGUUUGACACCUAUAUCACCUUCAGUGGCUACCUGGUCAAGCCAGCCGCUGAGCCUUAGGGGAUGCCCCGCCCCGCCCCGCCCCACCCCAUCCUGCCCCGCCCCAUCCUGGGAGUCUCACCGGGGGAUUGCUGCGCCCUGCAGAUCCUGAGGGUCUGCACCAGGCUGGCUUAGCAACUCUCUGCCCAGCCCUGGCUCUCUCAGCCUUUGCAUCCCUAGCUUUGGCAUUCUGUUCUGCAAGACGCCCCUGGCUGGUGAGAAGCCAAAAGGGCUGUGUGACCCCGGGUCACACGGGGUCUGGUUGGGAGAGAGCUGAGGAUAGUGAAGUCAUCAGGCGAGCUGGCCUGUGAGAAGCUCCCGGCCGCUCCAGCUCCAGCUCCAGCUCCCUUCUGUGUACAUAGCCUUAAGCGACCCUGCAGCACCUCCCGUAGCAGCCAGGGCUUUGCCAAAGGAACUGCCCAGCUCUCCAUCUUGGAAGCAAUUGAGCAACUGCUGAAGGCUCCAAGGGAGAAAAGUAAACCCACCGAGGAAAAACAGAAAACGAGUUGUUCUUUUUGCUUUUCCAGCCAGCGGUCCUGGGGAGAGGUGCAGAGACCCUGCAUGGGAGCCAGGAGGAAACUCCUGGGCCAGGGAGGGCCUGCGGGGUCCAGAAAAUUCCUCUGGCUUUCCGGGGUGGGCUUACCUCCGUGGCUUGUUGCCAAUCUGUGGCCUUUCUCAAGGUGAGGUGGGUCUUCCUGAGUGCAGCCAUGAGGAGGCUAGGGCUGGGCCAAGAGUCAGCUCCCCAGCCAGGCACUGGGGCCUGUCAUCCUAGCUACUGAGGAGGCUGAGAUCUGAGGAUCACGGUUCAAAGCCAGCCCGGGCA